GUCAACUUGCUUCUGCUUGAAAUCCCACAUUUUCGAUGCUAUGAUACGCCAGAAGCCGUUUCAUGCUGGGAAGCUUCAAGGCUAAUUACGUGGUCGUCCGUACCUUGAUACAAACUUAAGAUAGGCGACUCAAUCGGAUCCGCAGUGUCGCUCGCCAGAUCCAAGCAUCGCUGUGAAGGAGCCAGCACACCACUCCACUCCCGCCGUGGACAAGACUCCACCAAGAUAACGACCUCCCUCCUCUAGCUCGCACAGGCGAUAGUUGUGCGAACAACACUGUGUUCCAAAAUAUCCGAAUUCUGGAGUUGAUGGUCCUGCAUAUCGAUCGACGCAAGACGAAGACGAAUUGCCAGAUAACCUCCAGUAUACUGGCAAACGAUAAGCUUACACCCAACAAUUGAGGAAAGCCAUGGACAACCAGAAUGAAUCCCAAGGCGGGGUACGCGAGCGCAGUAAUGGACGUCACGAUGGAGAGAUAUGGGGAGCAAAGGACUCGUUGAAGCGGAAUGCUGGAAUGAACAAGAUAUCGAGCGACGAGAUUACGCCGCUGCUGGACAGUGGAAGUGGCAGUUCAGAAGAAGAUGGUGAAGACCGGACGGAAACAGUAUGGGCAGGAUAUGCAGACUUUGAGGGUGUGACUUGGUGGCACAAACCUUCGAUGCUCUGGUUAAUCGGCCCCUUCUUCCUCCUCACGCUUGCGAUGGGCGGUAUCUUGGUCCCUAAGCUCAACUUGAUUCUAUCCCUCGUAUGCCGGGAAUACCUCGUCGAAUCCAACGAGAACCUCUUGCUUAGACCCUCAAUUAUCGGCACAUUGACCCUAAAGCCAUCUCUUAUGGACAUGGACAACGAAAAAUGCCGCCAUAUACCAGAAGUCCAAGCAAUGGCUACAAAGUUCAUGCUCGCCCUCACAAUUGUUGCUGGGAUGUUGAGCGCCGUUAUGGCCCCAAAACUGGGUGCUCUCUCUGAUCGGUUCGGCCGUUUGAAGCUACUUAUCAUCACCAGCUUAGGCGGCUUCUUUGGCGAGAUCAUCACAAUUUUAGCUGGCACAUUCCCAGAUACUAUCCACUACCGAUGGCUGCUCGUAGGUGCAGUAUUCGAUGGAUUUUGUGGUUCUUUAACCGCCAGCAUGGCCCUCACCCAUGCCUAUGCUGCAGACUGUACUCCUCCUCCAAAGCGUGCCGUCACGUUCGGAUAUUUCCAUGCAUGUUUGUUUGGCGGGAUUGCAGUGGGCCCCUUGAUCGCCGCUCUCAUUGUCAAGAAGACGGGCUCGAUUGUCACCAUGUUCUACUUCGCCUUGGCAAUACACACCCUGUUCAUCUUCUACAUUGUCCUCGUGGUCCCCGAAUCUCUCACCAAGAAACGACAACUUCUUGCCCGGGAGAAGUAUGCUGCAGAAAUGGGAGGUCGAUUCAAUGGACCGAUCGGUUGGAAGGCAACCCUCAAGAGAGCCAACAUCCUGGCACCACUGAAGAUCCUCUACCCAACAGGCCCCGGAACCUCCUCGGCCCUCCGAGCAAACCUCAUUCUCCUCUCCACCGUCGAUACCAUCAUCUUCGGCGUAGCAAUGGGCGCCAUGACAGUAGUAGUCUAUUACAUGGGCUACCAAUUCGAUUGGGACACGGCCCAAAUCAGCGUCUUCACCUCCGUCGUAAAUUCGUUCCGUGUCUCGACCCUGGUCCUCGUCCUCCCCGGCCUAAACUACCUCGUCCGGACCCGCCGCGCCAACAAACAACGUCGAGACUCAGGCUUCGCAACUCCUGAACCAAACUCCGGCUCCGACACAUUGGAUCUCUCUAUCAUCCGCGUAGCAAUCUUCCUCGAAUUCAUCGGCUUCACCGGCUACGCCCUGGUGCGCACAGGAGGCCUCUUCGUCCUCGCUGGGAUUGUCACUUCGUUUGGAGGAAUCGCGAGUCCAACACUGCAAUCCGCGCUUACGAAACAUGUACCCCACGAUAAAAUCGGACAGCUGCUCGGUGCGACAGGGCUACUGCAUGCACUUGCUAGGAUCAUUUGUCCGCUCAUCUUUAAUAUGAUUUAUGCGUGGACCGUUAAGGGAUUCCCGCAGGCGGUGUUCGUGGUGUUGAGUGGUUGUUUUGUGGUGGCGUUCUUUUGUAGUUGGUUUAUUAGACCGCAUAUUUAUCUUGAGGACCCAGUCAUGCAGAGAGGCCAGACGAGAACAAACACUGACCCAGACGUUCUCCUCGAUGAAGAAAUCACCGGGAUCUGACCCCCUCCACCUCUCUGACUAUGCACUUUCUUUCGUUGCAGUAUAUAUAUUUUACAUUUUACACAUUUCAUUUAUUAGAACUAUAGGAGCAGGUACAUUUUGGUACCUUGGAUCAGCGCAUGGGGUUUGAUUGUACUUGAUUGUACGAUUCAUUUGUACCCCACCUUUCAGCGCGAGGAUUGGACUGGGUAUACACGUGCGGUACGGACAAGAUAGAUCUAGACAGCGCUGUUCCUGUUCCAGUGUUCCAUUUUUUAAGCAAGAGGAGGUGAUAUGAGACGAGAUGAGAUGAAGAUAUGAAGAUUGAGUUGUAUGGAUGUAUUGAUGGAACUUGGUGUAUCUACGGAGGAAGAUGAAGGAAGGAUAGACAGG